CUUCUUGGGUGGAGUUUUUCAAGGGGAACUACUCCCAUUAUUUCCGUUCUUCAAACAGCAAAUGAAACUAGUUUAUAGGCAAAUUCAAUAAAAAUGUCAGAUAAUGAUCUGAAGAAAACUGCUGAGCUUCUUAGGCAGGCAGCCAGAGAACUGGAAGAAAAAUCUCGAACUACACAGACUCCUACUACUAUAUUACCUGGACCGUCAACACCAAAUGUCAGCGAAAUGCGCCGUUUGUUUUGUCCCUAUUCUAGUAUUUCGAGGACAAGUAAUAAAAGAGUUGCUGGUACUGGUAGACAGAACACAUGGACUCAUCGUUUUUUUUGUGUGUCAAGUUGCACACAGAACACUGUCCCUGAUCGGUUCGCAAGAAAAGUCACACAGGAUGCUGGACUGGGAGAAAAAAGAAUAACUCUUUUUAAGAAUGAUGAUGCGAAGUAUUUUUCAAAUGAAAUAUAUUCACAUUAUCCAAAAUUGAUAGAUGGAGGAGGGUAUGAUCUAAAUCGUGCCAUAGGAAGAACCAUAAUGGAGUUUAUUGACCCCCCUCCAUCAGGGUACACAAGUGCUUUUCUGGCACAGUCAUACAUUGGACAAGCCAUCAUAUAUAUCAAACCCUUACAGAGAGAUCUGGAUAUUACUAUUAGUGGGACUCCAAAAGGCAUGCAGUCAGAUAUGAUAACACAGGAGUGCAUGGAUUGCGGUGAAAAAGUGCCUUUAAAUAAUUUGAGAAAACAUAUACAAGAAUUUCAUGAGCUUCAGGAAGAUAAUUUACCUAAAAUAAAGAGACAGAAGUCAGAGCAGUUGUCCUCUGUUACUCCUAUUUGUAAAUAUGCUUGUGUAAGUGAGCCUGAAAUCUUGCCCAAUUUGCGGUCUAGAAUUUGAUGAGGAUUUAGUUGAAAUACAUGCUGCAUCUUGCGGCGAAGAUGACAAGAAAACAGACGAAGGAAGGACACAGACUGGUAAUUUAAAAUAUGAUUUGCAUCAACUGUCCGAGAAAAUUUUUGGUCAAAAUGUAAAGGAGAGAUUCCAUGUCUCAGUAGUUAGAAAAAUGUUUUUGCAAACAGCCAUGGAAAAUCUGGAAGAUUUUGAAUUUGAUCAACUGUUAAAUGUAAUAUUCAUAGGGGAAGAUGGGGUGGAUGCAGGCGGCUUAACAAGGGAGUUUUUCUCUCUUAUCUUUAAACAUACUCCCAUUUUUGAAAAUAGUGGUUUUGCCAUCAAUUCAACACUACUACAGAAUAAAACAUACAAGACUAUAGGCAAAGUUGUUGCCUUUUCUAUCUUAAUGGGAAAUCAAGGACCAAGAUGCCUUCUACCACAGUUUACUAAAUUCAUCCUUCAGAAUGCACAACCUGCAGUUGGUGAAAUUUCAGAUGAAAUGUUAACUGGAGAUGUUCUCCAAGCUCUUAAAGAGAUUGAUUCUUUAGAAGCUCUAAAUGUAUCAGAGGUUUUUGAGAAAAAUGCUGAUAUAUUGGAAUCUGCAGGAUAUAAAAAGAUGUUGACAUUAGAAAACAAAAAAGAAGCCAUGUUAGCGAUUCGAUGCCAUUAUGGAUUUUAUCGUUUUUUGCCACCAUUACUGCAGUUCAUAGAAGGUCUCAAACUUCAUGGUGUUUAUAAAUUAUUAAUGCAGUAUUCAGCAGAAGCCACCGAAUACUUUAGCCGGACAGAUGUUAAGGCUUUGGAUGUAAUUAAUUUGUUUCAUCCUAGUUUCUCAAUUAAACCAGAAGACAAGGAGUUAGAAGAGAUAAUUGUGUACAAUUUUCAUCAGUUUUUGAAGAAACUUGAACGUGGAAAAAUCAGUACCCAGUGGUUGGAUAUGGAAACAGAUCUCGAAGAUGAUGUUCAACUGAAUACUGGACAUUUUCUUCUGGCAACAACUGGUAGCCCUGCCAUAUCUCCAAAUAUAGGAGAUGGGCUACUACUAUUUGACCAUGAAAAUUUAAACUGCACUACAGUAAAUACAUGUGCGCCAUCUAUUACUAUUAACCAAACGAAAUAUAUGAAAGAAUACGAUUUCCUAGAAAAUGCUUUUAUUAACAUAAUUGUAUGUGCUUAUGGUUUUGGUUUGAAUUGA